AUGCCCCUCCUCCUCUUGCUGUUCCUGCUGCCAAGCCCUUCACACCCCGUCCCCAUCUGUGAAGUCGGCAACAAGGACAGCCAGGUAGAAGUGAACUGUGAAAAUAAGGGACUGAAGGCACCGCCUCCAAACCUGCAGGCCGACACCGCCAUCCUCCACCUGGGUGAGAACCCCCUGGGCACUUUCUCCAUGGCAUCCGUGGUGAAUCUGCCCCACCUCACUGAGCUGUUCCUGGGUAAGAGCCAGCUGACCAGCCUGCAGGCAGACGCGAAACUGCCGCGGCUGGAGGUCCUGAAUCUAGCCCACAAUAAGCUGAGAAGCCUGCCCGAGCUGGGACAGGCACUGCCAGCUCUCUCUAUCCUGGACGUGUCCUUCAACAAGCUGACCUCGUUGCCUCCUAACGCUCUGCAUGGCCUGAGCCACCUCCACGAGCUCUAUCUGCGCGGAAACCAGCUGAGGACUCUGCCCCCUGAGCUCCUGGUGCCCACACCCCGCCUGAGGAAGCUCAACCUGGCUGAAAACGACUUGCAAGAGCUGCCCACUGAGCUUCUAAAAGGGUUGGAGGAACUUGACACCCUUUACCUCCAAAAGAACAGGCUGCGCACGAUACCAACGGGCUUCUUUGGGAUGCUCCUCCUGCCUUACGCUUUUUUCCAUAACAACUCCUGGUCCUGCGACUGCGGGAUCCUCUAUUUCAGCCGCUGGCUGCAGGACAACCCCAGCAACGUGUACGUAUGGGAGGAGGAUGUGGACAUUAAGGCCAUGACCCCCGAUGUGAAGAGCGUUCAAUGUGUCGAUAUGAACGGCACGUACGUCUACAAAUUCUCGGGGGAUGGCUGCAACAUCCCUGGUGACAGGGACAACCUGGACUACGAUGAAUAUGAUGAGGAACAGGAGGUAGCUGCCGUGAACACUGUAAGCACCCUCUCUAGCCACACCAUGCACUGGGACCUGCUCUAUUUAGCACUGACUACUUCGCCAGGCAGUCAGGUGUCCUCCUUGCCUCCAGUUAAGAAACUGACCACGAUCCCAAUUACUAUAGACUCCAUCACCUCCUCCAAAACUCUAAAACCCACUACUGAACCCCCCACAACCCCAACCACCCCAGAAUCCACAACCCCGACCACCCCAGAACCCACAAUCCCGACCACCCCAGAGCCCACUACCUCGACCACCCCAGAGCCCACUACCUCGACCACCCCAGAGCUCACUACCCCGACCACCCCAGAGCCCACUACCUGGUCCACCCCCGAGCCUACUACCCCGACCACCCCAGAGCUCACUACUCCGACCACCCCAGAGCCCACUACCCUGACCACCCCAGAGCUCACUACUCCGACCACCCCAGAGCCCACUACCCUGACCACCCCAGAACCCAUAAGUGAGACUUUACAAUCAACCAUAUUCUUAACCUCCACAGAAUCCAUUUCACUCCCCACUAUCUUAGAAUCCACCAUAACCAUCAUCUCUGAAUCUGACAACCUCUGGAAGGCCCAGGGAUUGGCUAGUUCCAGUAACAACCCUCUUCUCAGCUCUGACUCUUGCUGUCUGUUCCUGGGCUUCUAUAUCUUGGGUCUCCUCUGGCUCCUGGUUGCCUCUGUGAUCCUCAUCCUGCUGCUGUGCUGGGUCCAGCAGGUGAAGCCAUGGGCCCUGGCCACGGCCACCCACACGGCGCACCUGGAGCUGCAAAGGGGAAGGCAGGUGACGGUACACCGGGCCUGGCUGCUUUUCUUCCAAGGCUUACUUCCCACUUUCCGCUCUAGUCUUUUCCUGUGGGUGCGGCCUAAUGGCCGCAUGGGGCCUCUGCAGGCGGGUCGGCGGCCUUCGGCCCUGAGCCUGGGUCGUGGUGGGGAUCUGCUAGGGACUGUGGGUGUUAGGUACUCUGGCCACAGCCUCUGA